CAAAUUUAAAAAGGUUUUCAUGUGGAGAGAGAAAUAAUUUAUAUUCAGAUUGAAUCAAGAAAAUGUGUGGUUCUUUUGUUUUCUCAUUUUUCUCUCUAGCAUUUUGAAUUUGGUAAGACAAAACCCAUGUCUUCAUGAUUCUUGAAUGACUCAUAAAAAAAGUUUUCUUAUAUAAAUAGCCAUUUUCUUUUUGCUGUUUUGGAGAAACUCGAUCUCUGUCAAAAAAAAAAAUCGAAUCAGAGGAAUUAUAUUGGCAGUGGAGAAUAAAAAUAAAGCAGGAGGAGUUGGAUUUUUAAAAAAGGUAACGGAGCGUCGAAGAAAAAUAAAUAGAAAAUAAACAGAGACAGAAAGAGGACAUAUACAGUAAGAAAAUAUAAAGAGAGAGACAGUAGUAAGAAAGAAGAAGAAGAAAAAUGGAAGAUACGAAGAAGAAAAAGAAGAAGAAUAUUAACAACAACCAAGAUUCCAAGAAAAAAGAGCGUCAUAUUGUUACUUGGUCACAAGAGGAAGAUGUUAUACUAAGAGAACAAAUAACUCUACAUGGAACUGAAAAUUGGGCGAUCAUUGCAUCAAAGUUCAAAGACAAAAGCACAAGACAAUGCAGAAGAAGAUGGUAUACAUACUUAAACUCUGAUUUCAAAAGAGGAGGUUGGUCCCCUGAAGAAGAUAUGCUUUUGUGUGAGGCACAAAGAGUAUUUGGUAAUAGAUGGACUGAGAUAGCAAAGGUGGUUUCAGGCAGAACUGAUAAUGCUGUGAAGAACAGGUUUACAACACUUUGUAAGAAGAGAGCCAAGCAUGAAGCUAUGACUAAAGACAGCAACUCAAACACCAAAAGAAUGUUGUUCUUAGACGGUAUCAGUACACCGCGAAAAUCCGAGAAUGAAACUCCUAUUGCUAAGAAAUUGAAGAGAAGUCACAUUCUAGAUCUCACAGAGAUCAGUAACUAUGGAAGGGCCGAGGCAUGUGUGAAUCAGCAGAUAAGGUCUCCAUUUUCGGUUUUAGCUCGAAAUGCCACUGGUAUUGAUAGCUUGGAAGAACAGAAUCAAACAAGCAAUGUGAAUGAGAGUGAUGGUGAAGGGAUGUUUCUUAAGAAGGAUGAUCCAAAAGUGACAGCUUUGAUGCAACAAGCUGAACUUUUAAGCUCCUUGGCGCAGAAAGUUAAUGCAGACAACACAGAACAGAGUAUGGAGAAUGCUUGGAAGGUUCUUCAGGACUUCUUGAAUAAAGGCAAGGAGAAUGAUUUAUUCAGAUAUGGAAUACCUGAUAUAGAUUUUAAGAUCGAGGAAUUUAAGGACCUUAUAGAGGAUUUGAGGAGUGGUUAUGAAGACAAUCAAUUAUCUUGGAGGCAACCUGAUCUUCAUGACUCACCAGCUAGCUCUGAGUAUAGUUCCGGAUCAACCAUCAUGGUGGAUCAGUCUGGUGAUAAAACACAACCAUUCUCAGCAGAUACUCAGACAGAACAUAAGCAAGUUGGAGAGGAGUUGCUCGUCCCGAAAAAUCCUGAUGAGAAUAUGCCCAUCUCAGGCGAAGAAAAGUUCAGCUCGCCUAUUCAGGUCACGCCAUUGUUCAGAUCUUUGGCAGACGGUAUACCAAGUCCACAGUUCUCCGAAAGUGAGAGGAGCUUCCUGCUAAAAACACUAGGGAUCGAGUCCUCAUCUCCAUGUCCAAGUGCUAAUCCUUCAAAACCACCCCCUUGCAAAAGAGUCCUUCUCCAUAGCUUGUAAACCAACCAACCAUCUCUCUCAUACCCUAAACCGCGGUUUAGUCUCCAUGGAGACGUAAUUUUUUCCACUUUUGCUUAGAUUUCAUAUUAGGUUUUGCAGCCAUAUCGGCCUGGAAGUUUUUGUGAAGCGGGCAUGCCAUGAUCUGCAUUCCUCCCUCAAGGUUUUUAAGUUUCUUUCCUGGUCCUAGAAUGUUAACGGUAACAUUUUCUAGCCCCAUCAAAGAAUGUUCUCAAGAAUCUGCCAUAUACUCAGAUUCAGAUUUCUCUUUCUUUUCUUACUUAACAUAAGGAAGCCAUCUACAAAAGAAGGCACCAGUGUGUCUUUAAGAAAAAAUUCUUUGGUUUGUCUCUAAGGGCUUUACUCAGAUACAUCAUCUGAGCAUUUUCCCCAGAUUUCUUGAUUUGUUUUCAUCAUCUCUGUACAGAAUCUCUAU